AUGGCUAUUCCAUUCAGUAAGAACAUUCUGACGGCUGGCAUCGCGCACAUAAAUGUGGGGGUCGACGAUACCCCAUUUGAUGUGCACUUAGAAUUGCUAUGCGACCAUUCACCUUAUUUUGAUGAACUGUAUGAAGACCGAACGGUGAAACCUCUUACAGACUUCACGAUUAGUUUUCCAGACGAUGACCCCGACGUAUUCUCCCUACUCAUCGGUUGGAUGUAUCGGGGUGAAAUUGCUGAGACAUCUUCUGCUCCUCGCACCAGUCUGUACUUGUUGUUUGAACUCUGGGUGCUUGCUGAGAAAUUUAAGAUGGUGGACCUGCAGAACAACGUGAUUUCCCUCUGCAAAACGAGGAUUGAUGACAAACGUGGUACGAUCUUUGGUGACCACACAAUCGACUAUGUCUACAAUCGUACCCUGCCCAAGUCCCCCCUACGUCUACUUCUGAUAGAUACAUGGGUACAAUAUGCGACUAAGUCGCGAUUCUUGGGUAGGGAAAAUCUUCCUCGUGAGUUCCUUGAGGAACUUUGCUGCGCUUUGAUGGAGUGGAAAGAAGGCAAGAUGGAAACGGUUGGCCACACAGAUACCGCAUGGCCCUAUCUUGUGCACCCUUCCCCGUGGAAAGACAAGGCCCGGGAAACGCCCCUGCAAGGAGAGGAGUCGGAAAUGAUGCGACUUGCUACCCCAGACCAGCUAAAAAACAGGAAAUUCAAGCGUCCUUCCUCACGUACUCACAGAGCCACUCCUACGCCUUCUCUGCAGGUCAUGACGCCAACCUCCACAGACGCCGAGAAGGAUCCUAGGGACCAAAUUACUUCUGGCAUGAGCUCCUUGCAGAUUUGA